CUGGACAGAGGAGGCUGGGCCAGAGCGAGGACAGCCACACACAAAGAAGCGGGUGGCAGGGCGAGAGCCCAGGAGAUGGGGCAUGGGGCUCCGGGGGCUGCAGGCGCUGGUACAGGGCUGCCGGGAGGAGAGCUGGGCCGGGCAGGCGCUGCAGGAGCUGAAGAUGACGAGCUCCGUGGCGCCCUACGAGCAGCUGGUGCGGCAGGUGGAGGCCUUGAAGGCUGAGAACAGCCACCUGAGGCAGGAGCUUCGCGACAACUCGAGCCACCUGUCCAAGCUAGAGACGGAGACUUCGGGCAUGAAGGAGGUCCUGAAGCACUUACAAGGCAAGCUGGAGCAGGAGGCCGGAGUGCUGGUGUCCUUGGGGCAGACCGAGGUGCUGGAGCAGCUGAAAGCCCUGCAGAUGGACAUCACCAGCCUGUACAACCUCAAGUUCCAGCCCCCGGCCCUAGGCCCUGAGCCCACUGGCCGGACCCCGGAAGGAAGCCCAGCACACAGCUCUGGGCCCUCGCAGGACAGCUUUGGGGAGCUGAGCCGGGCGACCGUCCGGCUGCUGGAGGAACUGGACCGGGAAAGGUGAGCUGCAGGUGGCGGGAACCGGCCAAUGGACAGUCGCAAAGCUCCGCCCCAGCAUCUCUGCCCAGGACCCCCGAGUCCCCAGUGGACCUCAGCUGGAGGACAAAGAGGAAGGGGGAGUUCCUGGCAAAGGGCAGGGCUCCUGGGAGAUGUCCCCAGGGGUCCCCAGCAUGCAGGCUUCGAGAGGGACAG